CGAGUCGAUCGGAUCCCCGAAUAUUUCGUAUUUUUCCCGCAUUCUUAGAAAAACCAGAGAAGAGCGAAGGGCGCUCGCCGAUGGCUCCCGGACUGGCAAUAGCCUGUCCGGCCUUUGGGAAGCCAGCUCUUGGCGUCGGGCUGAGGCCGGCGGCGGUGGCGGAGGAGGAGGUGGAGGAGCUGCGGCGGAGGAACGAGGAGCUGGAGAGGGAGGUGAGAGAGAGGAGGGCGAGGGAGGAGGAGAUGAGGAUGGAGUUGGGGAGGACGAGGGCGCGGCUGAGGGCGGUGGAGGAGGCGGAGGAACGGCUCUGCGUUCAAUUGGGGGAGAUCGAGGCGGAGGCCGUGGCGGAGGCGAGAGAUUACCACCGCCGGAUCAAGGCGCUCUCCGACGAGCUCGAGGAAGCCCGUAGGAUUCUCGGCUCGUCCUUCUCGUUGUCGCCGUCGACGUCCCACCGCCGACUCCUCGUCCGCGUGGACGGUUCGAGUUAAAGAAUAGGGAACAGAGCAAAUGAAUGGAGAGAUUAAAAAUUUAAGAACUAAGAAAGUUCUGUUCUUUUUGUUGUAUUAUUUAAUGGAAGAAGUGACGAAUUUGUCUUCUUUGUUCGUUUGUUUGUUUGUUUUGUUGGUUGGUCCGAAUUUAUUUUGUUAGUGAGGUGCGAUUGAAUCAAUGAAACAGAGUGAAUUCAAAUCCUAA